AUGCCUCUGUUGGAUGGGUCCGGAAACGGGGAUGCCGUCGUUGCUGACAGCAUCCCCAAUGUUGUCACCCUCCCCCCCGCGGCCGUCGACUCUCUACCACGAUCCACCACGAAUAGACGCCAGAAGAUCGUUGUGGUGGGUUUAGGCAUGGUGGCUAUAUCGUUCAUUGAAAAGCUAGUCAAGCAGGAUUCCGAGCGACGGAAAUAUGAUAUUGUCGUGAUUGGCGAGGAGCCCCAUAUUGCCUACAACCGAGUUGGCCUGUCGUCGUUUUUCGAGCAUCGCAAGAUUGAAGAUCUAUAUCUAAACCCAAAGGAAUGGUACGGCUCGAUCAAAGAUCGGUCCUUCGAUUAUCAUCUCAACACCCGAGUCACCGAUAUCUUCCCGGACCGCAAGACGGUCAAAACCUCCACCGAUGAUAUCAUCCCGUACGACAUCCUGGUCCUGGCAACGGGUUCGGAUGCCGUGCUUCCCACUCACACCCCGGGGCACGAUGCCAAGGGCAUCUUCGUCUACCGGACGAUCUCGGAUUUGGAGAAGCUGAUAGAGUUUGCGUCCGAACAUAAAGGCGAGACGGGAGUUACCGUUGGUGGAGGCCUGUUAGGUCUAGAAGCCGCCAAGGCGAUGACAGAUCUUCAAGACUUUGGCAAUGUGAAACUCAUUGAUCGCAACAAGUGGGUGUUAGCUAGACAGCUCGAUGCGGAUGCUGGCACUCUGGUGACCCGCAAGAUCAGGGAGCUGGGCUUGGAUGUGCUGCAUGAGAAGCGGGUGGCACGUAUCAACACCGAUGAUGAUAACAACGUCACUGGAAUCGUCUUUGAGGAUGGUGAACAAAUCGCCUGCUCUUGCAUCUGCUUUGCCAUCGGAGUGAGACCAAGAGAUGAGCUGGGCCAGUCCGCGGGAAUCCAAUGUGGUGGAAGGGGAGGGUUUGUUAUCGAUGAAAGUCUCCAAACUUCAGUCAAAGACAUCUACGCAGUAGGUGAAUGUGCGAGCUGGGAGAGCCAGACUUUUGGCAUCAUUGCUCCUGGUAUCGAGAUGGCCGAUGUGCUUGCAUACAACCUCACCAACCCCGACAAGGAGCCCCGCGGCUUCAAACGCCCCGACUUGAGUACCAAGCUCAAGCUACUGGGAGUCGACGUGGCGAGCUUUGGUGACUUCUUCGCCGACAGGGACGGUCCCAAGUUUCUUCCUGGGCAGCGGCCGUCCAUGCCGUCUGACCAAGCAAAUGAUGCCGAUGAUAAGGAGCCGCCUGUCAAGGCGCUCACUUACAAGGACCCCUUUGGUGGUGUCUACAAGAAGUAUCUCUUCACCAUGGAUGGGAAAUACCUCCUCGGUGGUAUGAUGAUCGGGGACACCAAAGACUACCUGAAGUUGAAUCAGAUGGUGAAGGCCCAGAAGGAGUUGGAUGUCCCUCCCAGCCAAUUCAUUUUGGGGGCUCAAGGCGAUGGGGAGGAAAAUGCCGAUGAUCUGGAUGACAGCACUCAGAUAUGCGCAUGCCACAAUGUCACCAAGGGUGACCUGGUUUCGAACAUCCAAAAUGGCACUUGCAAAACCAUUGCGGAGGUCAAGUCUUGCACCAAGGCCGGAACCGGCUGUGGCGGCUGUAUGCCUCUCGUGCAGUCCAUCUUCAACAAGACCCUGCUGGACAUGGGUCAAGAAGUAUCAAACAACUUAUGUAUUCAUAUUCCUCACUCUCGGGUCGACCUCUACAAUAUUGUUGCCAUCAAGCAACUCAAAACAUUUGAGGAUGUCAUGAAGACGGUUGGGAAGAAUCCCGAUUCGCUUGGCUGCGAGCUGUGUAAGCCUGCGAUCGCCUCGAUUCUCUCCAGUCUCUUCAACCGGCACAUCAUGGACAAGGACCUCCAUGAACUACAAGAAACGAACGACAAGUUCCUGGCCAACAUCCAGCGGAACGGGACAUUCUCGGUUGUUCCUCGCGUGCCCGGUGGCGAGAUCACGGCGGACAGGUUGAUCACGAUUGGGCAGGUUGCCAAGAAAUAUGGCCUUUACUGCAAGAUAACUGGUGGUCAGCGGAUCGACUUGUUUGGAGCCAAGAAGCAGGAUCUUCUUGACAUCUGGACGGAACUGGUCGAUGCUGGUAUGGAGAGUGGCCACGCUUACGCCAAGUCGCUUCGAACUAUCAAGAGCUGCGUGGGUACGACCUGGUGCCGUUUCGGUAUUGGCGACAGUGUUGGCAUGGCCGUUCGGCUCGAGGAGCGCUACAAGAGUAUCCGAUCCCCUCACAAGCUGAAAGGAGCUGUCUCGGGCUGUGUGCGAGAAUGUGCCGAAGCGCAGAACAAAGACUUUGGUCUUAUCUCCACCGACAAGGGCUUCAACAUCUUCGUUGGAGGCAACGGAGGCGCUAAACCUCGGCAUUCCGAGAUCCUCGCGAAAGAUGUGCCGCCCGAGAAGGUCAUCCCUCUCAUCGAUCGGUAUCUCAUCUUCUACAUUCGCACAGCGGAUAAACUCCAGCGAACCGCUCGCUGGAUUGAGAAUCUCCCGGGUGGCAUUGAAUAUCUCCGAGAGGUAGUCGUGGAUGACAAACUGGGCAUCGGCGCGGAGAUGGAGCAGCAGAUGCAGGACUUGGUGGACAGCUAUUUCUGCGAGUGGACGGAAACGGUCCGCAAUCCGAAACGGCGCAAGUACUUCCAGCAAUUUGCCAACACGGAUGAGACCGUCGACACCGUGGAGGUGAUCAAAGAGCGGGAUCAGCAGCGACCGACCUACUGGCCUAACGAGCCCGCCAAGGAGGACUUCAAGGGUCACCAGUGGUCCAGUCUCUCGUGGCAGCCUAUCAUCAAGGCUGACUACUUCUCCGAGGGCUCCCCGCAAAUGUCGUCCGCCAAUGUCAAGCGGGGGGACACGCAACUGGCCAUCUUCAAGGUCAAGGGCAAGUACUACGCAACCCAACAGAUGUGCCCUCACAAGCGAGCCUUCGUCCUGUCGGACGGGUUGAUCGGGGACGACGACGCGGGUAACUACUGGGUGUCUUGUCCCUACCACAAGCGCAAUUUCGAACUCAACGGCGAGCAGGCCGGUCGGUGCUCGAACGACGAGGAGAUGAACAUUGCGACGUUCCCGGUGGAGGAACGCUCGGACGGGUGGGUCUACAUGAAGCUGCCUCCGGUCGAGGAGCUGGACUCCGUUCUGGGGACGGAGAAGUGGAAGGUGAAGAAGGGAGAGGCGCCGGAUCCCUUCAAGAAGCAUGAUAAGAAGUAUCGGGGCAUGCGAGGGAAGAAGGUGGGCAAGGUCCCGGGGAGUGGCACGGCUGGGCCGGCCAAGGUGAUUGACUGGUAG